CGGGGCCGCGGCCGGAGCAGGAGAGGCGGCGGUUGAGGGGAGAGCGGUUGGGGCCUGUUGCCUCGGGCGGGGCGGAGGGCCCUAACUGACAAGAGAGGGGUUGGCCGGCCCUCAGCCCGCGGGUCAGCUAGCCGGUAAACCGGGUAACCGGUGUCACGGCUGAGCCAGCCUGACCUGCGUGCCUUCAGCUGCUGGGGUCAGCUUUGUGCCAGGUACCUGCGGCUGGUGUGGGGUGAGUGAGCAGAAAGGUAGGAGGUGUGUAUGACUGAACACAAACAGACCAUGCCUCUUCCAGAAACCAUGUUUUGUGCUGAGCAGAUCAGAAUCCCACCUGAGCUACCUAAUAUUCUGAAGGAAUUCACCAAAGCUGCUAUUAGGACUCAACCUCAUGAUGUUUUGCAGUGGUCAGCUGCGUAUUUUUCAGCGUUGUCAAAAGGUGAGACCCUUCCCGUGAAGGAGAGGCUGGAAAUGCCUUUAGCAAUAGAGAAAACUGAUGCUGUUUUGACCCUAGAACUCCUUAAAGUCUUGCACAAACAGCUUUCUCCCAAAGGCAUGGUGAAUGUUGCAGAACUGAAGGAGAAAUGGAAGCACUUGUGCUUGCCAGAGGAGCAGCUGGAAGCUAUCCUGCAGUUGGACAACUUCAGCGAGGAGGUGGAAUGGAUGAAGUUUCUGGCACUUGGGUGCAGUGUGCUCGGCAAGUCCUUGCUGAGUUCUCUGAAACAUGCCUGUGAAAUCUUAACAAAGGACCCAGAAGGUGGAGCAGCUCGCAUACCAUUCGAAACAUUCUCAUUCCUUUACUCGUAUUUGGCCAGUAUUGAUGGAGAGAUACCAAAGGAGGAAGUUGAAGUCUUUCUCCACAAAAUUAAAGAGGAAGCUGACAAACAAUCUGGCAUGGUGCUGCUCAGAAACUUUUUGAGCCAGGCCUCAACACUGUUUUGAUCAAGCCCACUCUUCAUCAUUGAGUGAGAGAAGAAAAAAAAACAAAAGAAACAAAUGUGCAGGAAAAAGAACCUGUGUUCAAAGGACUGUUAUUUGCACGUAACAAUAAAAGACAACCCUCUCCUGGCA